AUGCAUCAGCUGUCUGUUACGUCCCUGUUGCUCUGUUUGUGGCUGCUGGAGCGCUGCCAUGGCAACAAUCACAAUGAUCAGCACACACAGUUUGGCAUCAGCCUCUACCAAACACUCACAGAGAUGGAGAACAACUCCAACCUGAUCGUGUCCCCAGCCAGCGUCUCAUUGUGUCUGGGUCUUCUGCAGUUCGGUGCCCGGGGAAACACUCGUGCCCAACUUGAGGAAACCCUGGGAUAUGACGUGAAUGAUGCUCGAGUGCAGGACAUUCUGUCUCAGCCACAAGGAGACCUGGGUAAUUCCAGUGAUAGGGUGCGGCUUCAGCUUGCCAACGCCUUAUUUGUCCACAGUGGUGUGAAACUCCUGCCAGAAUUUACCCAGCAUGCCUUGGGAUGGGGUAACAGUAGUCUACUGAGUGUAAACUUCAGUAAUCCAAACCACACUCAUAGUCGGCUACAGCAAUGGACACGUUCCCAGAGUAAAGCUGAUGACCAUCUCCAGACAAAAGAGGAGCAGCUUCAGUCCAGUGAGUCCCAUGAAGAGGACUCCAGGCAAGUCAGUUUACUGCACAUGGCCCUUCUGAGCACAGUGGUGUUUCACGGUGCCUGGCAGAAACAAUUUCUCUUCACUGACACCCAGAAUCUGCCCUUCAGUCUCUCAGAUGGCAGCACAGUCAAAGUCCCGAUGAUGUACCAGUCAACUGAAGUCAAUAUUGGGCAUUUCCGCCUGCCGUCCGAGCAGGAGUACACAGUGCUGGAGCUUCCGUACUUGGAUCGCUCACUCAGGCUACUGGUGGCCUUACCUAGUGACCGGAAAACCUCUCUUUUCCAGCUGGAAAAGCAGCUCACGGCCCGUGCUUUGGGACUGUGGGAUACUGGAUUAAGACGCACUAAGAUGGAUAUAUUUCUGCCCAGAUUUAAGAUGCAGAGCAGGUUCAAUCUGAAGCCUGUUUUACAGUCUCUUGGUGUGUCUGAUGUCUUCAGUCCCUCAGCUGCUGAUUUUAGAGGCAUUUCAGAUGGAGAAGGGCUUUUUGUAUCAGAGGCUUUCCAUGAAGCAAGAAUAGAAGUGACAGAGGAAGGGACAAAAGCAGCUUCAGCUACAGCAAUGGUGCUACUGAAAAGAUCCCGAUCAGCGGUUUUCAAAGCAGAUCGACCAUUUCUCUUUAUCUUACGGCAGAUGAGUACAGGGUCAUUGCUGUUUAUAGGUCGAGUUCUGAAUCCAGCCGAGAUGUCUUGAGAUGAUCCAAGCAAAC